GAAUUAGGAAAUGAGUUGUUGGAUUUUCAUUGGCUGCAGUCAAAGUGCUUCUUCAACCGAAACGAGAAUAUCAUAAUGCUAAAUCUUAUAAUUUAAACUAUUUCAAGCGAAGGAGACAGUAUAUUUGUACAAAAAAAAUGUUAUAUAAAUUUUCUGUGAUCAAAUCUGUUACUGUGAUUUUAUAUAUUAACUUUGAAAUGAAAACAUUCUAGGAUUAACCUUGUGCAUAACUUCGAUACCACUUUAUUCAAAACACCGUAAACAGAUUUAAGAAAACACGUAACCAUGUUUUGAAGAAAUAAACUGCAAUGAUGAAUGAUAGGCAGUCUGAUAUAUCAAACGAUGCGAUGCCACUGCCGGCAAUGUUCCCAAUUCAAGCCAGUUCAGAGGAAGCUUCUAGAAGAAAUGCUUCUACGACUGAGGUUUUAGAUGAAACAAGCACCAGUAUGGAAAAUGAAUGUUCAGACGAAGGAACAAUCCCAAAGAGACCUUGUCUAGGACCAGGCAUUGUUCAACCCUUAGGUUCAGGUUCAUCGAUUUAUACAGAGAUAUCUCCUACACAUGAACAAUGGGCAUUCAACGCACUUUUAAUAAAUCUGGCAAAACAGAUAAACGACACUGAUCUCGAACAAAUGAAAGAAAUGUAUAAAGGAGGGAUACCAAGAGGAAUUUUAAAAGGCAUUAAGACACCGAUGGAGCUGUUCGACGUAAUGCGGAAACAAAUGUUUCUAUCGCCGAUGAACUUGUUACAACUUCAGGGUCUUUUGUGGAGUAUAAAGAAACUUGAAUUGAUGAAUAUGGUCAUAGACUAUGCAAGACAGUCGGAAAAUAUCGUUUAUGUCCAACCAGCAUCAGUGACACCAGUAAAUGGUUACACACAUAUAAAAUUUCAUCUACGCGGCAAACAAUUUGGAAAAAUGAACAGAGGCGAAUUACAGUACUUGCGGACGAUUGCUGCGAAUGCAGUACUUAUACCAUCUUCUUUUGUAAUAAUUGAUGGUAUCAACCCGUCUUCAAGUGUUAUAAUUACAUUGCAGUUCCCAGAGCAGCAUGCAAAUAUCUUCAGGAAUUUGUUGGAAAAAAGGGAAAUAGAGUUAGGAGAGCUAAUAGAAUUUGGUGUUGAUUCGAUUACAAUAGGAGAUAAAACAUUUCAUAUAAACGAAAAUCCUGCUGAAAAUUCAAGAACUUUCACUGAUGGGGACGUGGAUGCGUCUAUUAAACUACACUGGGCAGAAACCAAAAUUGUAAAUCUUGAAGAGGAAAAUAAAAAACAAUCAGACAAAAUCUAUGAACUAGAUAAGCAAAUCUUAACAUUGCAAGCACAGAAUGAUACGUUUACUACUGCAUUUAAAACUAAACAAGGAAUAUUCUCAGAGGAUAAAAAGAACCCAGAAGAGCUAUUGUUUGUAGCAAACGAGAUAGAAGGGGCACUAACACAAUUCAAUACCACACUUGAAGAUAUUUCGAAGGAGAAUUGUAAAAGGGUUACCGUUCUGCAGCUAUUACAAGCACAUGCAACUCUUAUAGCAUCUGUUUGUUGUCAGGAUGUUUCGAUGAUUUUUCAACAUAUUUCCACUAAGGCUAAACAGAUGCAAGGUCUUAUGAUAAUGACUGCAGUACAUGCUGCUCUGCAACGAUUCGUCGGAGUAGAUUUAUCAGAGGAAUCUGCCCCAAUAAAAGUCUUGAAGGAAAUAUCAAUGAAAUUACGUCCACACGAAGUCCAGAAACUUGAAGAGGUCAACGAUUUGACAGAGAGCGAAAGAAACGAUAUCAAAUCUGGUGCCAGUCCCGUUCUGCUAAUGCUGUUAAGGAAAGAACUGCAAAAGGGUUUUGGACUUAACUUAGAAGAAUUCCUUACAAAAUGUUUGAUGACAAUAAAUCGAACAGAGCUUCUUCAAGAAUUUCACGAAAAAUUUGCAAAAUAUGCAAAAGAUGAUAUAAACCCGUCUGAUGGAAUAUCAGCCACAGAUACGGAUGAGGCUAAAACAUCUCGGGAACCACAUAUCAACGAUAUAGCAAAUAAUGUUAAGUUAAUAUUGGUCAAAUUAAGUGAGAUGGACCAAAAAAUAAAUCAUUUACCAGAGUUUGGAAAGCUUGACAGUGAAUUGAAAGCUUAUCCUCAUAGCCUCUACAAAAAAUUUAUGGAACAUUCAAAAUCUUCUUGGUGACACUAACAAGAUUAUUUUGAUAAGAAAACAAUACAUACAUUUCCAAUUAUUGUGAAGAUACAUUCUAUUCCUCUUUGAAAUACAGACGUUCUUUUCGUUACGUCGAAUGUUUAAACAGCAAAAUGUCAAAGUAUAUAUUCCAUUCCUACUAAUAGAAAGGAUUGUCAUAGGAUUGGAUAAUGGUUAAAAUAAUAUCGUUAUAUGUUUUAUAUUCCACGUUUAUAACUUACAGUCAAUGGUUUGUUUUAUGCUUGCUCAAAUGUUUAAACAAGUUUACAUUUUGAUUUAAUACUAAUUUAUUUGACGACGGAAUAAAGACUAGUUUGCUCCGAACGAAUUGCAUCAUUGUAAAUAUUUGGGGCCGGUUUGACAUAGUCUGUGUGUGUGCGCGCGUGCGCGUGCGCGCGUGUGUGUGUGUCCAUUCACAUCAAACCUAUCACAACUGAGCUUUAUUUUUAAUUCACUGUAUAAGAGUGUUAUUUACUUUUUUUUUAGAAUUUUGCAUGAAAACGUUGCUUAUGUAUGAAAAGUGUCAAUUGAUUAUCAUGAUUAUAUUUUCUUUAUUU